AUGGCGCCGCAGUUUUCGACCGGCCUCAAUCUCCCCAACAAGAAACCAGGCCCAAAGCCAGGAAAUGCCUUCGGACAGAAGCGCAAGAACAUAUUCGACGACGAUUCAGGAGACGAAGCAACCAACAAUGACGGCACAGAAGAAGUUUCAACCCUCGGCGGCCUAGACGCGCCCGCUCCAAAACCCUCCAAACCCUCUAAACCGCCAUCCUCGUCAGCCGCCGGCCCGCCACCGAAAAGAAAGAUGCAAUUAGGACUCGGAUCAGGGAAACCAGGCAUCAAGCCAUUGAAUAAGAGUUCAAUUUUCGCCGACGACGAAGACGAAGACGAGGAGAAAGAGAAAGCACAACAAGCUGAAAUGCACUUGGGCCUGAACCAAUCGAAGACGAACUCGAAGCCAGGAGUGCCCGCUUCUGGACAGCAAUUUACCAAUCUCUCCGCACUACACAGCAGCAAGAAACACGCGAAGGAGGCUGAAGAGCUUGAUCCAUCUAUCUAUUCCUACGAUGCCGUAUACGAUAGUCUACACGCCAAGCCCGAGAAAUCUAAAACAUCCGCUGAAGAGAACGAAGUUCCAAAGUACAUGACGAAUCUGUUGCGCAGUGCGGAGAUCCGCAAACGCGAUCAGACGCGUGCGCGGGAUCGCCAGCUUGCCAAGGAGCGUGAGGCGGAGGGUGACGAGUUUGCGGAUAAGGAGAGCUUUGUUACGGGCGCGUAUAAGAAGCAGCAAGAGGAGUUGCGGAAAAUGGAGGAGGAGGAAGAAAAGAGAGAGAAGGAGGAGGAAGAGCGGAGGAGGAAAAAUGGUGGUGCAGGUAUGGUUGGGUUUUACCGGGAUGUAUUGUCUCGUGGAGAGGAGCGACAUCAGGAAGUCGUCAAGGCUGCUGAAGAAGCAGCCAGCCGGGCUAAGGCUGGCGAGACGACUGAGGACUCAACAAAGGAGGGUGAUGAUAAGACGGAAGCUCAGAAGGCGGCGGAGCUUAAUGAGAAGGGAGGUCGUGUUGUUGUCAAUGACGAGGGCCAAGUGGUUGAUAAACGUCAGUUGCUUACUGCCGGAUUGAACGUGGCACCAAAGCCUAAGACUGCAGCUUCUGCGGCCCCCAAAGCGGCAGCGCGACCUGCUGGACGACCGGGGGCCAACUUUGGAGCUCAGGGUCGGGCUGGACAGCGUGCUCGCCAGACCGAGAUGGUUGCCUCCCAACUGGAGGAACGUGCACGGAAGGAAGAAGAAGCGGAAGCUGCGAAGCAGCGGGAGAUUGCCGAGAAGAAUCGCAGUGCCAAGACGGCUGGAGAAGUUUCGAGUGCGAAGGAGCGAUACCUGGCCAGAAAGAGGGAAAGGGAAGAGGCGGCGGCGAAAGAGAAGGGGGAUGCGAAGUGA